ACAUUGCGGAGUGGGUGUGGAUGGGGACUCUUAUUCUGAAGUGUCUGGAGGCGGCAGUCUGAUAGCGGAAGUUCGUGCUCUAAGUGCUGCAGUUCAGGCGGAUCCCGUCGGUGUCUGAUCUCAAACUUUGUGUCAAACCCGAAAAACACCCGGAAUCAGGUGAUAUGGGUGAUAAGGAGUUGAUGUGGGCUCUGAAGAACGGGGAUCUGGAUGAGGUGAAGACUCUAUUAGUGAAGGCUGAGGAUGUGAACCGGACUCUGGAGGGAGGCAGGAAGCCUCUUCAUUAUGCUGUAGACUGCGGUCAGGCUGAGAUACUGGAGUUUCUGCUGUCUAAAGGAGCCGAUGUCAAUGCUCCUGAUAAACACGGCAUCACUCCGCUGCUGUCCGCUACUUAUGAGGGUCAUGUGGCGUGCGUUAAGAUUCUUCUAGAAAAGGGCGCGGAUAAGGAACGGAAAGGUCCUGAUGGUCUGAGCGCGUUCGAGGCGGCCGAGAGCGAUGCCAUCAAAGAGCUACUGAAGUGAGUCACGCUGGCGGCAGCAGAGAGGGUCCAACCGCAGCCACUGGAUCAACACACACACACACUCUGUGUCCGCCCGCGGGCAGCAUUCAACUCUAGGUUUCCUUUUGUUUUUGUUUAGUUUUUCUCCAUGAUCUUUUUUUAUUUUGGGAGGUGGGUGGCUCUCUAGUUUAUGGGAAUCAGCCAUUGGUUGAUGGACCUGUCACUCAUGUCAUGCCUCCGUAUGGACCAAUGGGAAAGCGCUCCGACUACGCCUGUAUAACACCACUAAACACUUUAGAGUUCAGACUACAGCGUAAAGACUCAAAAGUACAAACGAUGAUGUGUGCAUUUAUUUUUCGGACUGUAAGGCCACAAAAAGACGUGAUUGUAAUUUUUAAAAUGAAUGGUUGUAUUCUGCGCUCCAAUCCUCCUUAUUUUCUCAUUCACAACAACGGCAUUCCCACAGUCCUCAUAUUAGAACAAAAUAAUGACUCGCUGGCCUGAACGUUUGCUUUUGUGCCCCUGCUGUUAAUAAAGAUGAAUUCUCAGCUGCUGUGUGCUUGUGUUAAACCAUUGAGCCAGAUGAGUGGAUGUCUCUCUCUCUCUCUCUCUCUCUAUAGAGGAGGACAUGUCUCUCUCUCUAUAUCAGGACAUGUCUUAAUCUCUCUCUCUCUCUCUCUCGAGGUGGACAUGUCUUACUUCUCUCUCUCUCUCUCUCAAGGUGGACAUGUCUUACUCCUCUCUCUCUCUCUAUAGAGGAGGACAUGUCUCUCUCUCUAUAUCAGGACAUGUCUUUCUCUCUCUCUCAAGGUGGACAUGUCUUACUCCUCUGUCUCUCUCCCUCUCUAUAGAGGUGGACAUGUCUUACUCCUCUCUCUCUCUCUCUCUCUCCUCCUCUCUCUCUCUCGAGGUGGACAUGUCUUACUCCUCUCUCUCUCUCUCUCAAGGUGGACAUGUCUUACUCCUCUGUCUCUCUCCCUCUCUCUAUAGAGGUGGACAUGUCUUACUCCUCUGUCUCUCUCCCUCUCUCUAUAGAGGUGGACAUGUCUUACUCCUCUGUCUCUCUCCCUCUCUCUAUAGAGGUGGACAUGUCUUACUCCUCUGUCUCUCUCCCUCUCUCUAUAGAGGUGGACAUGUCUCUCUCUAGAUCAGGACAUGUCUUACUCUCUCUCUAUAGAGGUGGACAUGUCUUUCUCUCUCUCUCUCUCUCUCUGCAUGAUGGUAUUUCAGCUUUUCAAUACAGCCUUGAAAUGCACCUUCACAUUUUGUAGAGCCAUAUCUGGCACUGUUGUGAAAAGUACGUUUGAAAACAAAAAAAAAAACGAAUAAAACUAUUUAAAAAAAUUA